AUGACAGAAACAAACACUCAACAUUCUUCACAAAUGGCUGACAAAGCAUCACUAUCAGACUCCCAGGUGGUCAUAUGGAAAAAGGUAACCGGGUUGAAAUUCAAAAAAAAAGCAUACAAAAGGAUCACAAGCCAGCAAAAGCACAAAACAGCAUCAAGAAACACACAAGGCACACCACCAACAACAGCAAAAGCCAAACUAUCCACACCCAAAUCCGCAAACACACUGAAACCAAAGAAAACAACGAAGACAAAAAAAACACAAUCCCAAACACAAAAACCUCAACCAAACAGACGCAAUAACCCAGAUUAUGUGCAGAUCAAGAGCAACAUGCUCACAUUUGACAACACAUUGCAAACGGUAAAAGACAAGCUUGCAGCAAGAAAGGAUGUCCUCAAGAUCCUACAAAAAACGCCAUUCUGGAGCAUCAUCAAGGCUUACAUGGAAGGUCAGUUAACCAAGGUAGAAUGCCAGAAGUCUAAUUAUCAAAUAAUUAAACUAAUCAGACUCUACAACCCCGCAACCAAAAAAUUCAAAUUCAGUGAAGGCAACGAGCAUGAAAUUACAAGCAAUGAUGUGUCUGACAUCUUUGGAUUGCCAAACAAAGGAAACAAGUUGCCAAGCACAACAACUUCCACAAGAACAAAUUUGGCCUUCGAAAAGAAGUAUUUCGAGAAAGCUCUUCAUCACAAAUCUCUUUUGCAACUCUGGGGCGACAAUGGCUUGGACCUUUUGACUAUGAUCGACACAUUAGAAGCUAUGAACAGCUACAACUGGGCACAAGGAGUCUUAGAUUACAUGCAUUAUGGACUGGACCAAGCCAUAAAAAAUAAAAAGGACAAGACAAAUCAACCAAGCGUCAGUGGUUGCCUUGUGCUAAUCCUGUAUUGGCUGUGUGAAAGAACUAACCUGAUCAGUCCAAUUCCUGGAAGAGAAGAUCACAAACCAGCGGCUAUAAAAGCUGCUGACAAUGAAAAAGAAGAAGCAACAAAGACUGAUCAUGCAGACCAUGAAGAACAAGAAGAAAAUGAAGAGGAUGAUGACUUUGUUAUCACACUUAAAGAUUGGUUAAAGAGUCAAACACAAAAAGGAAAAAGCCAGACUGUUAUUACCCAGAAACAGAACUUCAGCUUUCAUGAAAAUGUGGACCAAAGUGCAACCCAGACAAAAACUCCACAACAGGAGCAAAAUGAAGACAAUGCACAAUCAUUGGGAUGCAAAGCAGAUGAUGAAAUUGAAGAACCAACAGCACAAUCAUUGGAAUGCGAAGCAGAUGAUGAAAUUGAAGAACAAGCAGUUGACCUUAGUGCAGACUCAGUGACGGAGGAGGACACUGUUAAUGUCCAGCAACAGAACCCAGAACUUGACAGCCAAGAAGAAGACUUCGACUCUAUUUUUGUGGACAUAGUGGGGUCAAUCCCAGAGUACUACAAGCAUGAAAUAGCCCCUACCCAUGAGAAAAUCCAACAGCUGAAAGAAGCAGUCGACUAUUGGAUUGAAAAGGCAGAUACUCGAAGGGAUAUGAUGCAGACUGCUAUAGAAUCCUGCAUAAAGAAAAAUUCAUUCAUUCAACAAAUAUGGACUGAAAAAGAAGAGUUGGAGCAACAAAUUGAAAUACUGAAAAAGCAGCUUGAGCAAGAGAAAAAGAAGGUGCAAAAUUACAAGGGAAACUUCAUGCACUCAAAUCAAAUAGGAGACAGCUACAGGAACAACAUGAACUACUUGAAGGGGAAAAGUUGUCCUGCAUUGAGAGCAUGA